AUAAUUAUGAAUUCUAAUAAUAAGGUGGAUUGUGAAUAUCCAGAACAUUAUAUGCUUGAUAUCGAGGAGGUAUUUAUAUUAUAAUAAAAUUCAGAAGAAACCAGCAUAGUAAUAGAAUUUUAUACCCUUUAUGCCAUAUGGUGUAAUAUCCAAUCUUGAGAACCAAGUGAAGAGAGUCAGAAGUUCUGCUGAAAUUAAAUAGGAGGACAGACAGAUGAUCAAGAAUGACUCGCAGGCUUCUUUAAAAGAUGAUGUCUUGUGUCUACAGAACAUAAAGGGGAAUGUGAAGAAUGCCUACAUAAAGAAAAUUAGUUCUCUCCUCAAUGUAAGUAUGGAGGAGGACAAAGAGAAACUACUCCCUUCGAAAAGAGUCAAGGAGAACGUGUCUUCGAACUCUUCCAAAUAGUUGGACAAUGAGGAUUUGAAGAUGCAGAAGAAUCGGGAAAGCGCAAGAAAUUCGAGAUAAAGAAAGAAGCUAUACAUUGGUUUGUUGGAGAAGAAAGUCGAGGAUUUGAAUGGACAGAUCGAGGGACUCCGAUAACAAACAGAGAUCACAUUCAAGCACAUUCACAAUAUCAUUGAACACAAUCAAUGUUUCAAAGGAAUGAUUAUUGAGCAGGCUCAGAUAUUCGAUUAAUUGCAAAGCAAAGACCCAGAGACUACUGAAGGAUAGGAGAUGCAGGCAUUACUCACUGACUCAUACAAGUUGAAGUUUAGUGCCACAGGUUCGAAACGAAAGCAAUACAUUAGAUAUUGCUUUCAGAAUGUAGCCCGUAUUUUGAUGGAUGGUAAUUACGGGACUCUACUCUUCGGAAGUAAUUGUCUCACUAAAAAUUGUAUAAUUUUAAAAGAUUAAUUCAGUUCAACUGCUUGAAGAUGAAGAAUUGCAUGAGUAUGUCAAGCAAUUCAAAGAAAUCACUGGAUGCAGCGAAGAGAAAAUGCAGAACACUAUCAUCCACAUCGUGAGACGCAUACUGGAACACAAGCGCUCAUUUUCUUAGUAAAUAUGGAGUGUAUGUCUUUAGUCUUAUCAAACAAAUGAAAUGCAAAUCCAAAGACCUCAGGAUCUGUUAGUAGCAAUUGGAUGAUCAAAUCGAUGAAAUGACUGCUCAAAUGACUCCCUAAUAGUUUACAUCUCUCCUUAUCAAUCUCAAUAAAGUAUUGUCUGCAAAUCGAUUUUAGGAUGAAAUCAAAGUGAAGGAGAACUAUCCAACCACCAAACCAGACAUCUCGGUCUAAUAGUAAUAACAACAAUAGUAAUAGCAGUAACUUCUGAACCAAUACAAGUUUUUGCCUUAAAUAUCUCUUGAGUUGUUACUUAACAAUAAGAAUACGCCAUUCUUACUUCCUAAUAAUUUAAUGAUUGACCCAUUGUAAUUCAACGAUUUAAUUUAAAAGAAGUUUUGUAAAUAAGCAUGA